GCCACUGCUGGAAGGCGGGGGAAGAUGGCGGACGUGCUGAGCGUUCUCCGGCAGUACAACAUCCAGAAAAAAGAAAUCGUCGCUAAAGGAGACGAAGUCAUAUUCGGGGAGUUCUCCUGGCCGAAAAAUGUCAAGACCAACUACAUAAUCUGGGGUACUGGUAAAGAGGGGCAGCCAAAGGAAUACUACACUUUGGACUCUAUCUUGUUUUUGCUCAACAAUGUGCACCUGCCGCAUCCAUCCUACGUGCGAAGAGCUGCAACUGAGAAAAUCCCUGUCGUCAGACGACCUGAUCGAAAGGGCUUGCUGUCAUACCUCAAUGGCGAAAGUUCUACAUCAACCAGCAUCGACAGAAGUGCGCCCAUAGAAAUAGGUUUGCAAAGGCCAACACAAGUUAAAAGAGCAGCCGACGAGGUAUCUUCUGAAGCCAAAAAACCAAGAGUUGAAGAUGAAGAACGAGUGCGUCUGGACAAGGAGCGCCUCGCUGCCCGUCUGGAGGGCCACAAAGAGGGCAUCGUGCAGACUGAUCAGAUCAGAUCCCUGUCUGAGGCCAUGUCGGUGGAGAAGAUCGCAGCCAUCAAGGCCAAGAUUAUGGCCAAGAAACGUUCAACCAUCAAGACAGAUUUGGACGAUGACAUAACCCUGAAGCAGAGAAGCUUCGUGGACGCCGAGGUGGAUGUCACCAGGGAUAUUGUUAGCCGCGAGAGGGUCUGGAGGACCAGGACAACCAUUCUCCAGAGCACCGGGAAGAACUUCUCGAAAAACAUCUUUGCCAUCCUUCAGUCAGUGAAAGCCAGAGAAGAAGGACGAGCGCCGGAGCAGAGACCAGCACAGAACACGACCCAAGUGGAUCCGUCCUUGAGGAACAAGCAGCCGGGCCCAGCACCCUACAACAGAUACAUUCAGGAGCAGUUCAAAGGAAAAGAGGAAACGGAGGGUUUCAAAAUUGAUACCAUGGGGACGUACCACGGUAUGACCCUGAAGUCAGUGACGGAAGGAGCAUCAGCUCGGAAGGCCCAGACUCUAGCCCUGCAGCCGGUGCCGCGUCCAGUUUCACAAGCCAGACCUCCACCAAAUCAGAAGAAAGGGUCUCGGACCCCCAUCAUCAUCAUCCCCGCUGCCACCACCUCACUCAUCACGAUGCUCAAUGCCAAGGAUCUCCUGCAGGAUCUGAAGUUGGUUACCUCGGAGGACAAGAAGAAGCAGGGCAUCCCGCGCGACAACGAGGUUCUGCUUCAGAGGCGCAAAGACCAGAUCCAGCCGGGCGGCGCGACGCUGAGCGUUACGGUCCCCUACCGGGUCAUCGAUCAGCCGCUGAAACUGGCUCCACAGGACUGGGAUCGAGUGGUGGCCGUGUUCGUGCAGGGACCUGCCUGGCAGUUCAAAGGCUGGCCCUGGCUGCUGCCCGACGGAUCUCCUGUCGACAUCUUUGCCAAAAUCCGAGCUUUUCAUUUGAAGUACGAUGAGGCAAAGACGGAUCCCAACGUCGGGAAGUGGGACGUGACGGUCCUGGAGGUGAGCCGCCACAGACGCCACCUGGACCGGCCCGUCUUCCUGCGCUUCUGGGAAACCCUGGACAGAUACAUGGUCAAGCACAAAUCUCACCUCAGGUUCUGAGCACAGAUCACGGCUCAUCGGUGAAAAUCCCACCAUUGAUUCUGCAGCCUUCCAGCUCUUCUCGGUCCAAACUGCCCCCGAGCCGCCGCGCCGUCCCCCUCACGCCCUACCACGCCCUACCACGCCCCCCCGACUCGCCCCGGAUGAGGAAGAGGGCGCCAGCAGCUCCUCCGGUCAACUUCCCCGAGGACUCCUUAUGCCACGUGCUGGAUUUGUUGCUCCGGACAUUGAGAUUUAGAAAUGUUGUGCUUUUAGUUCGACUUGUUUUCUAAUGUUUUCAGAUUGUUAAACAGAAAAACCAAAUGUUUGAUAUUUAAAAACAAAAAAAACAAAACAAAAAGCAGCAGACGGAGGAGGCGGUGGAGACGUGAAGCAGCGCGGCGUCGGAGGAAGCAUCAUAAUCUCAGUUGUCAAGAGAAAGUUUUGUCAUUUUUACUUAAACCGUUGAGAUUCAGAUAGAUGUAACAUUAACUCUCACAAAUCAAAGCAACCACUGGGUUUAAGGAAAGAGACUUUAUUCCAAUUUUUGUUUAGCUUGUUUGUGAUCUGUGUGUGUAUAUAAUAAACCGCGUUAAGAGCCAGACGGCUGCUCUGCCGCGGCUCGGUGAACUAUCUCAAUCCAGCAGUCGCAUCCCAGUUGACGUGUCGGACGGAUCGGAGCAUCGCUUGGUCGCAAUGAAAUCCUAUUUUUUUUCUUCUUUGUUGUGAUAGAUGAGAAAUGGUGGAAAGUGUUGCUUUAAAUCAUCACAUGAAAAUGGACAAUAAAGCCUGAGAAAAAAGUCUUGUUGUCUGUGGAUG